UGGCACCACACAGAAGAAGAAGAAGAAGAAGGAACACUCGCCCCACUGAUAGUCAAUCUCUGCCGGGGCUCUUGAUAUCGUGACACAGGGAAGCAAGGCAGGGGCAAGACGAAGCUCCUCCGUCCACUGUAAGCUAUUAAGGACACUCUGGACCUUGAGAAAACGGUGGAGGUGGAGUGAGUGGGUGGAUAUGGCGGCCCAGGAGUGAGGACCUGAGUGACUGGUGGCGACUUCAGCAGCAGAGGGGCAGGUCAGGUGCAGCGCCGCGCCCCUUUUUCCUACACUGGCCAUUAUUCUCGCCAAUUGCUACACCCUGGCCAGCCUCCCCGAGCAGCGUGUACAGCCGGACUUACACGGGUGAUGGUGUUAUAACGUAGUACAAGACCACUAAGAUGUCCCUCUUUCGCAAGAGUCCAAAGAGCCCUCAGGAGGUGUCCAAAGCCCUAAAAGAUGCUCUGACAGCUUUGGAACGUUCUGAUAAAAAGGCUGAAAAGGCACAAGAAGACACCAGCAAGAGUUUAACGCAGAUCAAAACCAUGCUGUACGGCACCACUGACUCAGAGCCACAGGAUAUCGUCCUGGCACAACUGGCACAUGAAUUCUACAACACCAACAUGCUGCUGCUCCUAAUCCACAAUCUUCAUAGAAUAGAUUUUGAGGGCAAGAAGGAUGUUGCCCAGAUCUUCAACAACAUUCUUCGUAGGCAAAUUGGCAUUCGGUCUCCAACAGUAGAAUAUAUCUGCACCAAACCAGAGAUCCUCUUCACUCUCAUGAAAGGGUAUGAACAUCAAGAUAUUGCUCUCCACUGUGGCACAAUGCUGAGGGAAUGUGCCAGGUAUGAGGCAUUGACAAGAAUUAUUCUUAACAGUGAUGACUUUUACAACUUCUUUAAGUAUGUUGAGGUCUCCACCUUUGACAUUGCUUCUGAUGCCUUCUCCACAUUCAAGGAGCUUCUGACGAAACACAAGAUGCUCUGUGCAGAGUUCUUGGAACAAAAUUAUGAUCGGGUGUUCUCUCAGUAUGAGAAUCUUCUUAACUCUGACAACUAUGUUACUCGCAGACAGUCACUCAAGUUGCUGGGAGAGCUGCUAUUAGACAGACACAACUUUUCUGUUAUGAAAAGGUACAUCAGUAAUCCUGAUAACUUGAAGUUGAUGAUGAUCAUGUUGAAAGAGAAGUCUCGUAAUAUUCAGUUUGAAGCCUUCCAUGUUUUCAAAGUGUUUGUUGCCAAUCCAGACAAGCCUCGACCUAUCUUAGAGAUUCUCUUAAGGAAUCAGGACAAACUUGUGGAGUUUUUGACACGCUUCCAUACAGACCGCUCUGAAGAUGAACAGUUCAAUGAUGAGAAGGCAUAUUUGAUUAAACAAAUCAAAGAACUUAAACCUCUCCCCCCAGACCAGUAGCUUAAUAAACUAGAAAGUGAAGUGGCAGCAUGCACUACAUGUAGUCUGGUUCUAUCCAACUACUGCUGAUUGGACAUCAUCAUCAUCAGUCAGAAGCUUAAAGAAUGUAGAGCUUCCGUAUGAAUAUGUCAGAUUCCCAGUCCUGCUUUUGGAUUAAUAAAUAUUACUAAGUUAUGUUUCCCCUACAUACUGCCUUAUUGGUAUAGGUUUUGUCACGAAUACCUGAGGCUUUAAUUUUAGCUUAACUUGGUAAUUAUGUGUAUUUUUUUUUUAUGUUUAGAUAAUUGCACUGUAGUCUGGGACAAGGAUUGCCAGCAUGUUGUCCUUGGGGCCAAUAUGAAGCUGUUUGCAUAUUUAUGAAUAACCCUGUUACAUAGGGCAUUCCAGAUCUUUGUAAGUGAUCAAGUUGGAAAAAUAUAUGUAAGGGACCUAAGUAAUCCCAGUGACAUGAAAUGUUUUUGGAUAUGAAAAGUCUUGCAUAAAUCUGCAGCAACGACUUGAUAUUUUUGAUCAGCUUCACAUUUUGCAGGUGUAACUUACCUCUUAGAAAUAUCCUAAGGAUAUUAAAACAGGCAAAAGCAGUACAUUCACUGAGCAGCACAGUGAACAGGUCAAGGCAGGAGAAGACUGAAUAUCUCCAUCAGCCACAAACACUAAAAUGCCCAAGCAUGCUAUAAAGGAUGAGAAAACUUAUACUCUAUGAUCUUCAAGUUACUGAGAACAGUUAGUUAUAUAGUAAUUUUUUCAUAACCAUGUAAGUAAAAUAUAUUCUGAAAACAUAUCCAGGUUGAGGAAAUAUAAGCAGGAACAACAUAGGAAUAGGAAGUGUAGCUAUAACUAACAAUUCCCUUAUUAGUACCUUGAUAUAUAUUACAACAUACAUUUUAUGUAGAUUGUCUCAUCUUUUGCAAUUGGCUCAGGAAUCUUAUUUUAGUGCGCAGGUAAUGGAAGGCUGCAGUUUUCCCCUGUUCCUUAUCUGGUUCAGUAUAGCCACUCAGAUUGUUUACAUCAUGGGUAAUCAUAAUCCUUACUUUCUAAAGAUGCAGGCUCCACCUACAAAGUGUUCUGAUGAAGAAACAUAUUGAGAUGUUGCUAUGUAUUGGUUCAUAUUAUAAUUAUACUUUGUAGUUUUCACUUUUUUUUCUAAAAACUCAACAUAUUUAUUUAAUAAUGAAAAGUGAGAUUGUUAUGCUAGUACAUUAAUCAUACCCAGAAAUUAUAAUUUGAAGAGGUAUUCUGAGCUGCCACAUACCAAUUUCUUAUGGGCAAAGUAAGACUUUUAUAUUUGUACAUAAGUAUAUGUGAAAUGGGAUGCGAAUUUUCUAUAUAUAGGAGUUGGUUACCAUCCUUAGAGUUAAUUAUUUCUGUAUACAGCUUGUUUUUAUGUAAUGUUUCAGUACUUAAGAUAAUUGAAGUAUUGUUCUUUACAAAAUGCAAUUCAUUUCUUGGUUUACUUAAAAAUCAUCAUGCAUCUUGCAUGUCACUAACAGUUGUAGAUAUUUUUUAAUUGAUCUUGGAGAAGACUAAUAAGUCUCACAGGAGACAUCAGAUGUUAUUCCUAUAUUAAAUUAUGAAAAUUAGUUUAUUAUAGUUAAAGCUUCAUUAAUUAUGAUAAAUUUAGAUUAAUUGGCAUUAUUCAAAAAUAGUUAACUAUGCUUAAUCCUUAUUAACCAUUUAUGUAAGAAUGCUUGAACAUGAUUUAUGAUGAGUUAUAGUCUGUUGGAAAAAAAUAGAAGUGUUCACAUGUCAAUGCAGAAGGAAAAGAUAAAUUGAUAAAACUUAAAAUUAGAGUAUGAUUUGCAGUUGUUAUACUUAUGCAAGGUUAGUAAAUGUGAGACAAAGCAGUAUGUAUAUGGAUGGAAUGAUUUGGGAUGCUGCCACUAGUUAAGAAUAUGGCAUUGUGAUAUAUUUCCAAGGGGAAGUGUCUUAGAUUUUUGCAUUUGCAUUGAUGGUUUACAAAUCCAGUCCAUGGUGAUGAAGUAUUUGUAUGGUUUUAGUUCUGAGGUUUUAAAUUUCAUUAAAGUAAAACUAUUUUUUUUUUUUUUUAUUAUUUAUUUAUUUUUUAUUUUUUUAUUAUUUAUUUAUUUUUUUUGCCAAGUGUAGAGCUGCAUAAUUAUUUUAUUAAAGUUAUUUGCAGAAAAAGCAUUUGGCAUUUCAGAUGUUUAGAACUUUUAAUUAAUUUCAACAUCUGCAUCAUUGGCUAGUGACGACAUGCCAAAAAAAAAUAUAUGAAAUAGAUUUAA